CUCGACUCAUAUUCUUUGACCGCGCGUCAAUAUUGGAGGCUUCUUGCGUAAAGACCUGGCUAUAAGUACAACGGGAGCGUGGUGAAGUGUUUUUCAUGAAAACUCGAACAUGGCUGCGUCUCGUCUGUGUGUUUUUCUGGCUGUUUUAGUGAGCGCAAAGAUGCUGGCUGCUCAGCCUAUAUUCGGCACAAUGUGGUGUGACCUGAUGUGCGACGACGACGAUGGUGACGAUUACUCGGACGGUGACAUAUUCGACUACUUGUUCGACCCUUGUGCCGGCUGCACAACUACCAACAAGCCAGCAAAGACUAAACCGACCACAACGCCACCGGGAAUGCAGCAGCCUUUCAAUCUCGUUAUACCUCCAGCCAAUGGCAUGAACGUCACAAUGACACCCACGGGCAACUCGUGGCUCAUGAACUUCAUCCCGUGGCUCAUGCCCGCGGCCCCUACUAGGGCUCCGGGGCCCACCACGGCGGCACCCGCCACCACCGCCGCGGCUACCACACCAGCAGGCAAUACAACCGCGGCGGCUACUACUAAAAAAGCAUAAUAAAUCUUGA